UCCGCCCCUGGGGUGGGUGGUUCGUAGUGUGUGGCCAGUCCCGGUCCCCGCGAGCAGGGCCAUGGCCGCGCUGGUACCCGUGGGUGGCUCCGGCGACAUGCAGGGCUGUUUGCUGCAGCUGCACGGCGCGCUGCGGGACCCGGACCCGGGCAGCGCCGCGCUGCGCGGCUUCAACCUGGUGCGCAGCGUCGGGGAGGCCUGCGUCACCCGCACUGGGGACAGCGCCCAAGCCUUGCAGUCUUCGUUAGUGUUUUCCAAAGACCAAGGAUUACUUGUGUUUAUCCGCAAAUCUCUCAGUAUUGAGGAGUUUCGGGAUUGCAGAGAAGAAGCCUUAAAAUUUCUGUGUACCUUUCUGGAAAAGAUUGGUCAGGGAGUUCAUCCAUAUGCUUGUGAUAUUAAGCAAACUUGUAUAAGUGUUUAUACAAAAGAUAAGAUGGCCAAAUGUAAAAUCCCAGCUCUGGAGCUUCUGGUUAAGUUGCUUCAAAAUGUUCAGUGUUCCAGUCUGAUGGGAGAAUUAAAAGUUGGAGAAAUCUUUAACAAAUUCUAUGGUGAACUUGCUGGAAAAAGUAGGGUACCUGACACAGUGUUGGAAAAGAUAUAUGAGCUUUUGGGAGUCUUGGGAGAAGUCCAGCCUAGUGACAUGCUUGACAAUUCUGAAAAGUUAUUCCGAGCUUACUUGGGAGAGCUCAAAACACAGAUGACAUCAGCUACAAGGGAGCCCAAGCUACCAGUAGUAGCAGGGUGUCUGAAAGGACUGACUGCGCUUCUGUAUAACUUUACUAAAUCCAUGGAAGAAGAUCCACGCACUUCGAAGGAGAUAUUUGAUUUUGCAGUGAAGGCAAUCAAUCCACAGGUUGACCUAAAACGAUAUGCAAUACCCCUAGCUGGUUUGCGCAUGUUCGGCCUGCAUGCUGCUCAGUUUGGUACCUGUCUUCUAGAUAACUAUGUCAUGCUGUUUGAAGUGAUGUCCAAAUGGUGUGGCCACACAAAUGUAGAUCUGAAGAAAGCUGGUCAUUCAGCCCUAGAUUCAGUUCUUAAACAGAUUUCUCUAAUGGUGGCUAAAGAUGCAGAAAUGCACAAGAGCAAGCUGAAAUUCUUCAUGGAGCAGUUUUAUAGCAUCAUCAGAAAAAUGGAUUCGAGCAAUAAAGAGCUGUCUAUUGCCAUUCGUGGAUACGGUCUUUUUGCAGCGCCUUGUAAAGCUAUCAAUUCUAAGGAUGUUGAUAUCAUGUAUAUUGAGCUUCUUCAGCGCUGUAAACAAAUGUACCUCACUGAGGCAGAGACAGCAGAUGACAAUGUGUAUCAGCUACCAAGUUUCCUCCAAUCCAUUGCGAGUGUUAUAUUCCACCUUGAUACACUUCCCGAAGUAUACACUCCAGUUCUUGAACACCUAAUUGUGAUGCAGAUAGAUAGCUUUCCACGGUAUAGUGAAAAAAUGCAACCAGUCUGUUGCAGGUCCAUAGUAAAGGUUUUUCUAGCCCUGGCAGGAAAAGGACCAGUUCUCUGGAAUUUUAUCAGCACUGUGGUGCAUCAGGGUUUAAUCAGAGUCUGCUCCAAGCCAAUCGUGUUUUCAAGGGAAUUUGAUGGGAAAGGAGCUUCUAAAUCAGAAGAGCCCCCAGCAGUUGGAGAGGUCAGAACAGGAAAAUGGAAAGUACCAACAUAUAGGGACUAUCUGGAUCUUUUUAGAAGUCUUCUGAACUGUGACGCAAUGAAGGAGUCUGUUUUUGCAGAUGAAAACUUUCUGACAAUAAAUUCACCCCUGCAGUCUCUGAAUCGUUUGUUGUAUGAUGAACUUAUAAAAUCUAUAUUGAAGAUUAUUGAAAAAUUGGACCUGACAGUUCAGAAAAUGACUUUUAGUGAACAGGCUGAAAGUGAAUCUGGCGAUGUUAUGAUCAUACCUUCUUCUGAUCCAGCUUCAAACCUUCAGCCAGCCAAGCCUACAGAUUUUAUUGCAUUCAUUAAUCUAGUGGAAUUCUGCAGAGAUAUACUGCCAAAGAAGCAUCUUGAAUAUUUUAAGCAAUGGGUGUAUUCCUUUGGUUAUGAGCUUAUUAUACAGUCAACACGGCUACCUCUUAUUAGUGGAUUCUACAAAUUGCUCUCUGUUGUAAUGAAAAUUGUCAAGAAAAUAAAAUAUUUUGAGGAUGUAAGUCCUGGGACUCAGAAAAAAUAUCCUGAAGACCCUGAGAAGAGCUCUUGUUUUGCGUUAUUUGCAAAAUUUGGAAAAGAGGUGGCAGCAAGAAUGAAACAGUACAAAGAUGAGUUGUUAGCAUCUUGUCUGACGUUUGUGCUCUCCUUACCUCAUGACAUCAUUAUGCUUGAUAUCAAAGCUUAUGUUCCUGCAUUGCAGAAUGCGUUUAAGUUGGGUCUCAGCUAUACCCCUAUGGCUGAUGUGGCUCUCAGUGCUCUAGAAGACUGGUCCUCUUACAUACCCAAAAACAUAAUGCAGCCUUACUACAAAGAUGUCUUACCUCUUCUUGAUGGCUAUUUGAAGACUGCUACGUCACCAGAUGAGUUCCAGAAUAAUUGGGAAGUGAAGAAGCUUUCUCAGGCAGUCCAGAAAGGAUUUAACAAAGUUGUGAUACAACGUCUGAGAAAAGCAAAGGCCCUUUCAUUGAAUGAAGAUCUCUCUUUGGAGGCAAUGAGAUCUAGAGUGGUACAGCUUCUUGGUUCUUUAGGAGGUCAGGUCAACCGAAACUUAGUUACAGCUGCUUCUGAAGAAGAAAUGAUGAAGAAAUUUGUGUCCUGGGACAGUGAGAAACAUCUAAACUUCGCUGUGCCUUUUGUAGACAUGAAGCCAGUUAUUUACCUGGAUAUAUUCUUGCCUCGUGUGACUGAGCUUGCUCUCUCUGCUAGUGACCGGCAGACUAAAGUUGCAGCAUGUGAACUCUUACAUGGCUUAGUUAUGUUCAUGUUGGGGAAAGCAUCUCAAAUGCCAGAAAGACGUCAAGGUUCCUCACCCAUGUAUCAACUCUAUAAACGAACAUUUCCUGUACUGCUUUGUCUUGCCUGUGAUGUAGACCAGGUGGCAAGACAGUUAUAUGAGCCUUUAGUCAUGCAACUUAUUCACUGGUUCACCAACAACAAGAAGUUUGAAAGUCAAGAUACAGUGGCAUUGUUGGAAGCUAUUUUGGAUGGGAUAGUGGAUCCUGUUGACAGCACUUUACGAGAUUUCUGUGGUCAGUGCAUUCGAGAAUUUAUGAAGUGGUCAAUUAAGCAGACAACACCACAGCAGCAAGAGAAAAGUCCAGUAAAUACCAAAUCUCUCUUCAAGCGACUCUACAGCCUUGCUCUUCACCCAAAUGCAUUCAAGAGACUGGGAGCAGCACUUGCUUUUAACAACAUUUAUAGAGAAUUUAGGGAAGAAAAUUCCUUGGUGGAGCAGUUUGCAUUUGAAGCAUUAAUUGUAUUUAUUGAAAGCCUGGCCUUAACCCAUACAGAUGAGAAAUCACUAGGUACAACUCAGCAGUGUUGUGAUGCCAUUGACCACCUGAAGCGCAUAAUUAAGCACAAAGCACCUUCCCUAAACAAGGCAGAAAAACGGCGGUUACCACGAGGGUUUCAACCUGCAGAAUCACUGUGCCUGUUGGACAUUGUCACGUGGCUGAUGAUGCAGUGUGGACGACCUCAGACCGAGUGCCGACAUAAAUCCAUGGAGCUCUUUUAUGAGUUUGUUCCUCUAUUACCAGGAAACAAGUCACCAUCUUCUUGGCUGGGUGAUGUUCUAAAAAAACAGGACAGCUCUUUCCUUAUUAACAAAUUUGAAGGAGGUGGCAAUCAGGAUGACAAUCUGUCUGGGAUCCUUUCCUACCCAACUCUCCAUCACCUACAGGAGCCCUUUAGCGUGCGGGCUGUUGUGCAGUGGAUGGAUAUGCUUUUAGCAGCUCUGGACUGCUACAAUACAUUCAUUGAGCAGAGAAUGUUCAAACCUGAAAAUGUACUAGGUACAAAUUCUUCUUUCUUGAGAGCUGUUGAGUUCUUCCUUGAAACUAUUGCGUUACAUGAUAUACAUACAGCGGAACAGUGCUUUUACACUAAGUCAAAAGACAACGUGUUCAGUCCACAAGAAAGAGAAGAGUACAAUUACAGCAAAUGUACAAUUGUAGUCCGAAUUAUCAGGUUUGUCAGCAUGAUCCUGGAGAUCUGUCAACAAGAUUUCUGGAAGCUGCUUGAGAAGGAAUUGCUUAAUUUGAAUCUGAUAGAACUCCUAGUGGUGACAGUGUGUGAUCCAUCAGCUGUGGGCUUUAACACAGCUGACGUUCAAGUCAUGAAAAAUCUCCCAGAUAAUACAGUGAGGCUCAUGAAAGCUUUGGCGAAAUCUCCCUAUAAAUCAUCUUUGGAGCUAAGCAUAAAGAAAAGAAUAACAUCGCACAGCAUUCAGGAACUUUGUUCGGUUGAUCUGUAUGAUCCAGAUGCUCGUUUUGAUCGUGUUAGAAUUAGCUCCAUCCUAUCUGCAUGCAAACAGCUCCACAAGGCUGGAGUGCUUCAUUCUGUGCUGCAGUCUCAGGGUUCAGGACUUCAUUUCACAGUUGGCUCUCAGCUUCUAUCAGUUGUUUACAAAGGCAUUGCACCAGGGGAUGAGAGAAAAUGUCUACCUUCAUUGGACAUCAGCAGCAAGCGACUGGCUGAUGGACUCCUGCAGCUGGCCUUUGCUUUUGGUUGCCAGAGUGAAGAACUGGUGAGUCUGAUGUUGAGUACAGCGAUGUUAUUUGUACCGCUCUCUGAAGCAGCACCGAGAAAUCUGCUCAGCUUCUGCCAUGGAGAAUAUUUCUACAACUUGUUCUCAGAAACCAUUAAUCACGAACUGCUGAAGAACCUUGAUGUGGCCAUACUUCAGCUUAUGAAAUCAGCUGUGGACAAUCCCAGAAUGGUGGGUACCAUUCUGAAUGGUAUGUUAGAUCAAAGCUUUAGAGAGCGCACUGUACGCAAGCAGCAGGGAAUGAAGCUAGUGACUGCAGUCCUCAGAAAUUGGAUGAGACUUGACACCUGGUGGGCCAAAGAUUCUGCUCCUGAGAGUAAAAUGGCUGUGUUGACCCUGCUGGCCAAAGUUCUGCAGGUUGACUCUUCAGUUUCUUUUAAUACGAAACAUGAGGCAUUUUUUGCUGUUUUUAAUACCUAUACUAGCUUGCUUGUUGAUCAGAAUUUGGGUCUAAAUCUAAAGAGUCAAGCAGUGAUUAUCCUUCCAUUCUUCACUAAUCUGACUGGAGAAAGGCUUAAAGAGCUAAAGGAUGCUCUUGACCAACUUGUAGCCUUCAAUUUUCCCAUGAAAUCUGAUGAGUUCCCCAAGGGAACUUUGAGAUACAACAACUAUGUGGACUGCACUAAAAAGUUUCUAGAUGCUCUGGAAUUAUCUCAGAGUCCUUUGCUGUUACAGCUGAUGACAGAAAUCCUUUGUUGGGAUCAUAGACACUGCAUGGAGGACUUGUUUCAAACCAGCUUCAGAAGAGUUAUCAAAAGGAGUGACUGCAACAAACAAGUGGUGCUCUUAGACACUGUGUACAAAAUGUUCCAGAGUGAAUCCCUUCUUUCAAAUGUCACACGUCAAGCCUUUUUGGAUCGCUCUCUCCUCACACUCCUGUUAUACUGCAGCCUGGACGCACUGAAAGAAUUCUUCAGCAAGAUUGUAGUGGAAGCCAUGGAUACACUCAAGUCUAGAUUUACAAAAUCAAAUGAAACCGUUUUUUAUACACAAGUCAUCAAGAAAACGGGGUAUUAUAAGAUCCUGGAAGUGCUGUAUUCACGUCUCUCAAAAGAGGAUGUUCACUCGAAGGACUCUCAAAUUAACCAGGCUUACCAGGGCACCACAAAUGUAGAAGGGAAUGAACUUACCAAGAUGCUAAUAAAGUCUUGCUAUGAUGCAUUUACAGAAAAUAUGGCAGGUGAGAGUCACCUUUUGGGAAAGAGGAGAGAGUAUCAUUGUGCUGCAUAUAACUGUGCCAUUGCUGUCAUCAGUUGCGUCUUCACUGAAAGUAAAUUCUACCAGGGCUUCCUUUUCACUGAAAAACCAGAAAAGAACUUGCUCAUUUUUGAAAACUUGAUAGAUCUGAAGCAUCAGUAUUCUUUUCCUGUAGAAAUUGAGGUGCCAAUGGAAAGGAAGAAAAGGUAUAUUGCCAUUAGGAAGGAAGCCAGGGAUACAGUAAAUGGUGGUCCAGAUGAGCCUCAGUAUUUGCCUUCUGCAUCCUAUAUGGUAGACAGCAGUCUCAGUGAGGAGAUGAGUCAGUUUGAUUUCUCUACUGGAGUCCAAAGUUUUUCAUAUAACACGCAAGAUCCAACAGCUACUAGUGCUCGUUUCAGGAGAAAGGAAUCCACUGAGUCCAUGGUUCUAGAUGAUGAAAUGGAACUCGAGAUGGAUGAGCUCAAUCAACAUGAAUGUAUGACAGCUAUGACAACUCUGAUUAAACAUAUGCAGAGAAAUCAAAUCACACCCCAAGUAGAUGAGGGGGCAGUUUCAGUAGCCCUUCCUCCAUGGAUGAAGUUUCUGCAUAGCAAAUUGGGGAACCCAUCAGUACCAUUAAACAUUCGCCUCUUCUUAGCAAAGCUUAUUGUUAAUACUGAGGAGGUUUUCCGACCUUAUGCAAGGCAUUGGCUUGGUCCCUUGUUGCAACUUGUUGUUUCUCGGGAUAAUGGAGGAGAAGGGAUUCAUUACAUGGUGGUGGAAAUAGUAGUUACUCUGCUUUCUUGGACUAGUGUAGCUUCUCCCAAAGGGAAUGUUAAAGAUGAAAUCCUAGCUAAUCGAUUGCUUGAAUUCUUGAUGAAGAAUGCAUUUCACCAGAAAAGAGCAGUGUUCAGACACAACUUGGAAAUUAUAAAGACAGUUGUGGAGUGCUGGAAAGAUUGUCUCACUGUACCCUACAGAUUAAUAUUUGAACAGUUCUCUGGAGGAGAUCCUGACACAAAAGACAACUCAGUAGGAAUUCAACUGUUAGGCAUUGUUCUUGCUAAUAACUUGCCUCCCUAUGACCCAAAAUGUGAAAUAGAUAGUACAAGGUAUUUUGAGGCUCUGGUCAAUAACAUGGCUUCAUUAAAAUAUAAGGAAGUCUAUGCAGCUGCAGCAGAAGUGUUGGGACUUACUCUUCGAUAUAUUGCUGAGAAGGAAAAUAUAACUGAGGGUCCAAUUUAUGACUGUGUUGUCAAGCAAUUAAAACAGCAUCAAAACACCAAGGAAGACAAGUUUAUUCUGUGCUUGAAUAAAGUAGUGAAGAAUUUUCCUCCUGUGGCUGACAGGUUUAUAAAUGCUGUGUUCUUCCUGUUACCGAAACUUCACGGUGUGCUGAAAACUUCCUGUUUGGAAGUGGUGAUGUGCCGUGCAGAAGAGAUAACUGAUCUCUACUUACAGUUAAGGAGCAAAGAUUUUAUGCAGGUCAUGAAUCGCAGAGAUGAUGAGAGGCAGAGAGUGUGUUUGGAUAUAAUAUACAAGAUGCUUUCUAAGCUAAAACCACUGGAACUAAGAGAACUUCUGCCUGGAGUAACAGGGUUCAUCUCUCACCCUUCUCCAGUUUGUCGAGAGCGCAUGUAUGACAUCAUGAUGUGGAUUUAUGAUAAUUACAGGAAUUCAGAAAGUCAAGCUGAUGAGGAUUCUCAGGAAGUGUUUAAAGUGGCAAAAGAAAUGUUGAUACAGGGCCUAACUGAUGAGAUCUCUGAAUUACAAUUAGUUGUUAGGAAUUUUUGGAGUGAUGAAACUAGGUUACCUACAAAUACUCUUGACCGUAUGUUGGCUUUGCUAAAUUCCUUCUAUUCUACCAAGACUGAAACCCAGUACCUGAGCUUAGCCACAAAUUUUCUGCUUGAAAUGACCAGCAAGAGUCCAGAUUAUUCCAGAAAAAUAUUUGAGCAUCCACUUUCUGAAUGCAGAUUUCAGGACUUCAUAAUUGAUUCCAACUGGCGUUAUCGAAGUACUAUUCUCACCCCAAUGUUUGUGGAGACUCAGGCUUCCCAGAGUGCCAGCAGGAAGAGGUCACAGGAAGGGUCCCUUUCAACUCCCGGAUCACAAGGUGCUCAAGUGAGGGCUACUCAGCAGCAAUAUGAAUUUACACCUACGCAGAACGUGAGUGGUAGAAAAUCUUUUAAUUGGCUAACUGGAAGCAGCAUUGAUACUUUGACAGAAUAUACAGUUCCCUCAUCCUCUGAAUCCUUAUCUUCAUCCAUGCUGUUUGUUAACAAGCGAAGCGAAAAGUCACAGGGAGGAACCUUGAAACCAGUGGGGCCCAAUUUUGGGAAGAAAAAAUUGGGUUUGCCUGGAGAUGAGGUUGACAGCACUACUAAAGAUAUAAAUGAACGAGCAGAAAUCCUAAGGCUGCGGAGGCGCUUCUUGAAGGACCAAGAGAAACUCAGCGUGAUUUAUGCAAGAAAAGGUGUAGCUGAACAGAAACGAGAAAAGGAGAUUAAAACUGAGCUGACGAUGAAACGUGAUGCCCAGGUCACUUUGUACAGAAGUUACCGACAAGGAGACCUUCCUGACAUCCAGAUUGAAUACAGCAGCCUCAUCACUCCAUUGCAGGGUGUGGCCCAGAGAGAUCCAACACUAGCCAAGCAGCUCUUCAGCAGUUUGUUUACUGGAAUUCUAAAAGAAAUGGAAAACUCUAAAAGUCCUUUGGAAAAAAACCAUAUUGUCCAGAAGCUGCUGCAGAACUUCAAUGACUUCCUGAGUAUAAGCGUGUCUUACUUCCCACCAUUCAUAUCCUGCAUCCAGGAAAUGAGUUACCAGCACAAAGAGCUGCUAGACAUAGAUUCAGCCAGUGUGAGCACCAGCUGCUUAGCCAGUUUACAGCAACCAGUGGGCAUCUUGCUUCUAGAGCAGGCUCUAAUUCAUCUUUCCCCUAUAGAAGAACCACCAGCCAAAAGGAUGUGUGGAAGAACAGAGCUCUCUCCAGAUGUGAUCAGAUGGAUUGAACUUGCUAAGCUCUAUCGAUCUGUUGGAGAUUAUGAUGUUCUUCGUGGUAUUUUCAGUGGGAGGAUUGGAACUAAAGAAAUUACACAGAAAGCACUGUUAGCAGAGGCAAAAAGUGAUUAUGUUGAAGCAGUUAAACAAUAUGAUGAGGCUCUCUCCAAACAAGACUGGUCGGAUGGUGAACCAAGUGAAGCAGAGAGAGAUUUCUGGGAACUUGCAUCUCUUGAAUGCUAUGACCAUCUGACAGAGUGGAAAUCACUGGAAUACUGUUGCACUUUAAAUAUUGAUAGCGAACAACCUCCAGACCUAAACAAAACAUGGAGUGAUCCAUUCUUUCAGGAAACGUAUUUGCCAUAUAUAAUACGUAGUAAGCUGAAGUUACUACUUCAUGGGGGCAGUGACCAGUCCCUGCUGACUUUCAUUGAUGAGGCUAUGAAGAUGGAACAAAGAAAAGCCCUCAUAGAAAUGCAUUACAGCCAAGAACUGAGUCUUCUUUACAUCCUGCAGGAUGAUUUUGACAGAGCCAGAUAUUACAUCAGCAAUGGCAUGCAAGUCUUCAUGCAGAAUUACUCAAGUAUUGAUGCUUUGUUACACCAAAGUCGACUAACCAAACUGCAGUCUGUCCAAGCUUUGACAGAAAUACAGGACUUCAUCAAUUUUAUGAGAAAGCCAAGUAACUUAGCUUCUCAAGCUUCCCUUAAGAGACUUCUCAGAAUUUGGACAAGCAGAUAUCCAGAUGCUAAAAUGGACCCUAUGAACAUCUGGGAUGAUAUCAUUACAAACCGGUGUUUCUUUCUUGACAAAAUUCAGGAGAAACUUCUUAAUGUCCAAGCUGAUGACAGUAUGGAGGUGGUUGAGGCAGGAGACAUUGGUGACGAAAUGGAGGUGGAUCAGCAAGAAGACAACAUUCACUCAAUGAUUAGAAGCUGCAAAUUCAACAUGAAAAUGAAGAUGAUAGAGAGUGCCCGAAAGCAGAACAGCUUUGCAGUUGCUAAGAAGCUUCUGAAGGAUCUGCAGAGGGAAUCUAAAACCAGAGACAGCUGGCUAGUGAGAUGGAACCACAGCUAUUGCCGUGUCAGCCACAGUUCCUGUCAGAGCCAGAGUAGCCCUCAACAAAUACUCACAGUGUUGAAAACUGUCUCCUUACUGGAUGAGAAUGUGCCUGACCAGCUGAGCAAGAACAUAGAGAUCUUGCGUAACCAAAAUCUUCUCCUGGGUAUCACUUACCGCAUUAUGGCUGUAGCCCUUAGCAAGGAUCCACGGUGUCUUGAGGAACUCGAGGAAGACAAAGUUAGAAAAGUCUCAAUGCUUUCUGGAGAGAAGCCUGACAGUCCAGAAAAGGUGAUUGCAAGUCUGAACAAGCAGGCUUUCCAGUACUUCAGCAACGCAGUGAGGAAGGCUGAAGAAGAAAUGCAGUCUCGCACCAUGGAGCAUGUAAACCUGACUGGAGUGAUAGAUGCUUACCUGACUUUGGUUGAUUUCUGUGACAAGCACCUACAUAAAGAGGAAGAAGGCUUAUCUGAUAUCAGUGCAGUGGAUCUGCAGACGUUCCCAGCUAUUGUAGUGGAGAAGAUGAUAAAAGCUUUAAAAUUGAAUUCCAGGGAAGCCAGGCUAAAAUUUCCCAGGCUGCUGCAAAUAAUAGAGAGGUAUCCAGCAGAGACCCUAAGUCUAAUGGCACAAGAGAUUUCUACAGUUCCCUGCUGGCAGUUCAUUGGUUGGAUUAGCCAGAUGAUGGCAGUACUCGACAAAGAUGAAGCAGUAGCUGUGCACCACACUGUUGAAGAGAUUGCAGAUAACUAUCCUCAAGCAAUUAUAUUUCCUUUCAUGAUCAGCAGUGAAAAUUAUUCCUUCAAAGACACUGCAGCUGGCCAUAAAAACAAGGAAUUUGUAACAAGGAUAAAAAGUAAAUUGGACAGAGGAGGAGUGAUUCAAGAUUUUGUUCAGGCUCUGGAACAACUUUCAAACCCUGAGAUGCUCUUCAAGGAUUGGGUUGAUGCUGUCAGAAAUGAGUUGGGAAAAGCUCAGAAAAAUAAGGCCAAGCUUAAAGAAAUGUAUGAAGGAAUGUAUGGGAACCUAGGAAACUUACAGGCUUCAGGUCUUGGAUUGUUCAGAAGGAGAUUUAUUCAGGCUUACGGGAAGGAGUUUGACACUCAGUUUGGGAAAGGAGGUUCAAAACUGUUAGAUAUGAAGGACAAUGAAUUCGUCAAGAUUGUAAAUGCUCUUCUCGCAAAAAUGAGAGACGGCCAGAAAGAACCUGGAAAUCUGAAAGAAUAUUCACCUUGGUUGAGCGAGUUUAAAGCUGAAUUCUGGAGGAAUGAACUGGAGAUCCCUGGUCAGUAUGAUGGUAAAGGGAAACCGUUGCCAGAAUACCAUGCAAAAAUAUCAGGAUUUGAUGAACGAAUCAAAGUAAUGGAGUCCCUGAGGAAACCAAAGCGUAUAAUCAUCCGAGGCAGUGAUGAACGGGAGUAUCCCUUCCUUGUCAAAGGUGGUGAAGAUCUCCGUCAGGACCAGCGCAUAGAGCAGCUCUUUGAUGUUAUGAAUAUUAUCCUUUCCCAAGAUGCUUCCUGUAGCCAAAGGAAUAUGCAAAUAAAAACCUACCAAGUCAUACCCAUGACAACCAGGUUAGGACUGAUUGAAUGGCUACCAAAUACCUGUACGUUAAAGAACUUCCUUCAUAGUAACAUGUCAGAAGAAGAAAAAGCUGACUAUUGCAGUGAGAAAGGACCUUUGUUUGCCUAUAACGAAUGGCUGUCUAAGAUGGCUGGUGGGAAGAUAGAAGACUUUGCACGUUAUAUGCCUAUGUACAAAAGAGCCAGUCGUACAGAAACAGUCAUGUCUUUCAGAAACAGAGAAAACCGUGUUCCAAAAGAUCUGUUAAGGAGAGCCUUUGUUAAAAUGAGUACAGCUCCUGAGGCCUUUCUGUCUCUGCGCUCCCAUUUUACCAGUUCUCAUGCACUGAUUUGCAUCAGCCACUGGAUUCUCGGCAUUGGAGAUAGACAUCUGUCCAACUUUAUGAUUAAUACAGAGACGGGUGGCAUCAUCGGAAUAGACUUUGGAUAUGCAUUUGGUUCUGCCACACAGAUGCUGCCAGUGCCAGAGUUGAUGCCUUUUCGUUUAACACACCAGUUCAUUAAUCUUAUGUUGCCAAUGAAAGAAUCAGGUCUCAUCUACAGCAUAAUGAGACAUGCCCUAAGAGCAUAUCGCAAAGAUCCAGACCUCCUCAUCAACACCAUGGAUGUGUUUGUAAAAGAACCUUCCUUAGACUGGAAGAAUUUUGAACUGAGACUGCUGAAGAAAGGAGGCACGUGGCUAAAGGAAGUAAACACAUGUGAAGUAAACUGGUAUCCCUUGCAGAAAGUCAAUUGUGUCAAAAGAAAGUUAGCUGGUUCCAAUCCAGCAGCAAUCACCUGUGAAGAGCUGCGACUGGGCCAUGAGAAGUCACUUGCAUACCGUGAUUAUGUAGCUGUGGCUCGGGGUACCAGAGAUCAAAACAUCCGAGCCAAAGAACCAGAAGACGGGCUUACAGAAGAGACACAAGUGAAGUGCCUUAUAGACCAAGCAACAGAUCCCAAUAUUCUUGGCAGAGUUUGGGCAGGAUGGGAAUCCUGGAUGUGAAAGGAAAGAGAGGGCUCCAAGAAUCAAUCCAAUGAGGCCAUGGCCUCAACACCAUGGCCAAGUUACUGUUGUGAAGGCUGGAAAAGAUAUGGAAAACCAGAUAAUUUGUGCUUUGUUUUUUCCUGGUGGUUAAGGAUUGUGGUUCUGUAUUAUACCCUACCCAAAUAAUUAUCUCAUUCUCCCCUCCCUCCAAAAGAAAAAGAAAAAACCCUUCUGUCACCUGUGAAGCAUGCUAACUUUGCUUAAGGAUAAAUGUUUGAAAGCUUGGCUUGUGUUACUCCAGAACAAGAUGAAAGCUACUGGAAAUAAACACAAACCUUGAGUGUCCUUCAAGUGAAUGUUGACAGCAGUCAUGAUUUUAUUAAUGCAGAAGACCUGUUAGAGGAAAAUUAGUGUAUGUAGUCAGUGGAAUGAUAUACCUGAAAGGAGAGAUUUGAAUGGAAUUUUGCAUCACCAAAAUCCUGUAUGUUAAAUCAGCAGCCAGAUAUACCUGGUAAAUCAUGUAGAAUAUAAAUAUAGCACUAGGGUAAUCUUCAAGAAGUACUAAACUACUGUUCAUCUCUGUAUAUUAUGAAAGUUGUAAUAAGUUGAUCUGACAAUGACUGAUUACAGUACAGCCUGUCUUUUACAGGUUUUGAUAAUGUUUUCUGAAUUUUAGAGGUUGUUGAUGCACAUUAAAUUAACUAAAUAAAAAGCAAUUGAUUAAAACCAUUCUUAAAACAAAGUUAAAAGCUGGAAGUCAUUGCCAACACAGAAGUGGGCAACAGCAAGCUUCCUGCCAUGAAUGAUCUAGCAGAGGCCAACAUUCUUUUACUCUUAGCCUAUAGCAUGGAUAAUCUAUGAUAAGAGCUUUUACAGGUAGUCUCUGAACCAAGCAAAUUUUGGCAAAAUGAUGGGGGAAGAGGAAUGAAAUAUGUGUAAAAAAAAAAAAUAAAAUAAAUAUAUAUAUAUAUAUAUAUAUAUAUAUAUAUAUAUAUAUAAAAAAUUCAUUUUAGAAGACGCUUCCUACUGAAGUUUUAAUGAUUGUCAUGGAACAUAAUAAAGUAAACAUUUUUGACCACUUAGCCGCUGCAGCCUCCCUUCUGUGUCUGUAUCAGCAAGCCGUCUCAGCCUAGUCUAUAGCUGUCUGCAUGCAGACAUCCUGGAACCAGUUUCAGAUGAGUGCUUCAGCAUGUGAGCUGAGUGACCAAGGGUCUUCUCUUGUGGAAAAGAACCCCUGAAACAAGUAAUAGUGGGGAACUUUCAUGCUGAAGUUAACGGACAUGAAGGGAGUUGCUGACCAGAGCUGAAAACUUUAACAGCACAAAUCAGCAACAAUUAAAAAUUCUGGGAGGAUCCAGAACUUUUAAGAAUGUUAACAACAUUCAUAAAAACAGAAAUGUUAAUUCAGUUCGAAUAUUAAGAAUCGAGAUGUUUGGAAUUAUUGAAUCAACACUACUUUGAAUUAAUAAAAUCUAUUCAUCUAAUAUGCUGUGUGUUCUAUUGGGGGGGAAAAAAUCAUAGUUCCAGAUAGCUGUCACCUAUUUAAAAGUAAAAACCUAUAGGAGGUAGAACAGCAGUCAAGCAAGUAAAUGCCCUAAACUAGAGGCGGCCAACCCACAACGCACGUCACAGGUGAUGCACAGCUGCUUUGUUUGCCAUACAUCAGAUCUUACAGGGAGGAGAGAGCCAAAGCAACAGAUUGGGAAGGGAAGAGAGAACAGAGCAAGGGGAUUGGAGUGGCACUGGGAGCAGGGGUAGGGCUUACUUUGUGGUAUACCAGCUGAAAAGGUUGGCCCCUCCCUUUUCUAAAGUCACUAAUUUAGAACAAAAGAAUCUAAAAUUGCUAUUUCCCUUUUUGAAAGAGGCAAGCAUUUCUUAGGGUAAUAUAUUUUUUAAUUGGACCAAUUUGCCUUUUGCAAAUUCCUGGACCAUCACUACUAUGUCACUCUAAUACUGUUUCCCCUAUUGAAAGCUACAAUGUAAUUGCAUGCAGUGUUUUUUGUUUGUUUUUUGUGGGUUUCUUUUUUUUAAAGAAAACAUUUUACCAUGACACAUGCUUCAUCAUUUUUAGAAUUCCUUGUGUAUUACUUUUGAAUGUGUUUAUAGUUUCUUUUUAUCUUUGAGAUCAAUAAAGUGAUCUGACUAAGUGC